UGAGAGUAUUGGAACAUGUGGGCAACAACGUUGCGCGCUGCGAGUAGUGGCGGCUGGCGGCUGGCGGCCCGCGAGAGAGCGGGCGGCGGGCGGCGGGCGGGGCGGGCGCGCGCGGCAGUGUCCCGGCGAGCGGCGCGCGGAGCGGGCUGCACUCUGAACUGUUGCGAGAUGCGCGCGAGCUUGUGGGCCUCGGCGGCGGCCGCGCUGCUGGCGCUGACGGCAGCCUCACCGAGAAGACUCGACCAGGACUUUGAGUUCGACGAUACUCCGGAGGCUCCGCUGACGCAUGCGCGCCGACCUCGCAGAUAUGUUUAUGAUCCUGAAAACCCAAUGUGCCGCACACUCGUUUGUAAAAAGCGGGAAGUCUGUCUUUUGCGGGACGCUUUCACCGCUCUGUGCUCAAACAAGAAAGACGUACUACGCAGAGGUGAUAUAAUAGUAGCGGGCACGGUCAGCACCUGGGACCGGGGCGAUGACGAAGACGUGUUUUACGAAACACGGUCUUCGGAUCACAGUUCAUCCGUACACUCUUCUUCCGACAGAUGCGUGGGCUGCGGCGGGGCUGCCCGCGCCGCCUUCCUGUGCGGCUCCGACAACCGCACGUACUCGUCGCUGUGCCGCCUGGACCUGCACAACUGCGUGCACCGCGCGGCGCCGCCCGUGCGCCUCGCGUGCCGCGGGUUCUGCCCGUGCGCGCGCGCGCCGCGUCCCGCCCACGCGCCCCGCCCGCACCGCGUGCGCGCCGCCUACGACGAGGAUCGACGGCGUCGCCGCCUCGAAUCACAAAAUGAAGUCUUGCCAGAACGCUCCUUCCGGCGACAGUCACAAGACGCUGAAGGUUGCGCGUUGGAUAAAAUGGCCAAUAGGCUGUUGGACUGGUUCUCGGUGCUGAUGGAUGAAGCCGGGGGCAUUCCACCAUCGCAGGAAGGUUUUCCACACGACUGCAAGGCCGAAGUACGCUGGAUGUUCUCACAUCUAGACACGGCCGGCGACGGUAUCCUGUCGCCCGCCGAUCUCUACGCACUGCGACACGACGAGCGCGAGCGCUGCCUGCGGCCCUUCCUGGCGUCGUGCGGCGGCGCGGGCGGCGGCGGGGGCGGCGGCGCGGGCGCGGGCGGGCUGUCGCGCGCGGCGUGGUGCGCGUGCCUGCGCCGCGCCGCGCGCCCGUGCGCCGCGCUGGCUCGCGCACACCCCGCGCCGCCGCCAGGCGCCUACGUGCCGUCCUGCGACGCCCGCGGCUUCUACCGCCCGCGGCAGUGCCACGCGGCGCUGGGCGUGUGCUGGUGCGUGGACGCGCACGGCGUGGAGCGCGUCGGCUCGCGCACGAAGGGGGCGCCGCUAUGUCCCGGCGAAAACGAGACGAACGACGCAUCCAGCGACGAGACAAGCGAGAACGAGGGUGGCGGUGAGGCGGGUGCGGGGGAGGGCGGGCCGGACGACGACGAGGACGCGCCGGGCAGCGGCGACCGCGAGAACGAGCUGCGGUUCUAGUGCCCGACGCACACGGCCGUUGCGUCGCCAGCCAUUGAGCGACUCGAAAUUAUCGUUAACAUCAGCUUUCUUCACAGUGAGAUGCCACAUCAGCUUGAUGGGACAAUGAAGAACCCCUUACUGAAAUUUUGCAAUAAUUUUAAAAUGUAAUUUAUUUAGAUAAAUAGAUGCUAGACAUCGGUUUAAAUAUGGCAAUAUAAAGAAGUACUUAAUAUACUUUUUAACUUCUAUACGACAAAAUUGUAUAAAAAAUAAAAUAUUACCAAACAGGCCUAUUAAAAUAUUUAUUUAUCAGUACAAACACAAAACGUUAAAAAAGCACGUGACUAUUUUCAUAAGUAUCUUAAGAUAAUACUAAGUUCAUUUGAUAAUAAUAUAACAUUUUAUUAAAUAAGUACUCACUACCAACUAUUAGCUAAUGAUCAGAUAUAUAUUGUGGUUUAACAAUAUUGUAAACCGCAAUAAUUACUACACUUCGGGGUGUCAUGAAAUUCGGUUAGAUUAUAUGCAGUGAAUUGUAAAUCCUUAAAAGAGGCCUAAAUAAAGAAAAAAGAAAUUCGCUCCUUGAUAUAUGUAUCUAUCUAAUGAUUGGUCCUGACAUCUGUAGCCUUUAUAAAUUAAGUAUAGUACUUACAUAAAUACGGUGAAUGGUCAAACAUUAAAAAUAUUUCAAUUAACUAUAUAACAAGCUUAUGAAUGUUCAAUAUAACUAGUUUGUAAUCUAGAGCUAGGAAAAUACAUCUAGACCAUAGUAUUUCAUACAAACAUCAUAUUGCACCCUUAUGUAUUAUAUUUUUACUAACUGAAAUAAAAAAUGUUAAAAAUAAUAAUAGCGUUAUACAGUUGCAAUAACUGAAUCAACAUAAAACAUAGUAAUAUUCUCUCCUGUUACUUAAAAUUAUUUGAUAGUAUUUUGCACCUUUUAACAUUUCACUAGUUUCAUCAAAAUAAACUAUGUAAUUUUAUUU